UCUAGAUCUAUAUCUACUGAUCUACUGAUGUAGGUCUACAAUAGUCUACAUUAGAUCUAAGACUUAUGACAUCGAUUCUAAGACUGAGAGCAAACUAAGGUUAACUCAUUCACUGCACAUAGCCAGCUAAAAGUAAAAUGUAUACAAACCCAUCAGCAGCUGAAAUACAAAGGAAGAAACUGAGUAUGCAACAGCUAAUUAAAAGCAAGAUUGACUACAGUGCUGAAACAAAGAGAAAGCCCUACACUUUCAGCCGAGAUUUCAGCCACUAUGACUGUCAGUUACCUGCCCUUAAAUCCCUGCCCAAACAGCUUGAGGAGCUCUAUGCUGCCACUCUUCUGGACAAUGAUAUGAUGGCUGACUUGACAGCAAGACAGCUUCUCAACUGGCCUCCUGGUACUACACAAUUGUUUGCUGUUGCUGUUCCACGUGAUGGAAAUUGCCUCUUACAUGCUGCCUCCGUAGCUGUGUGGGGUGUGGAUGAUUCCUUGCAUGUCUUGAGAGAGCUCCUGCUGAUCACCAUCACCAAUGACUUUGAUGACCGCUUCAAGAGCAGGUGGUGCAGGCGCAGAGUUCAAGAGAUGAGAGCCAUAGCCCAAGCCCCAGCUCAGAUGAUUGAGUCUGAGUGGGCAGACAUUGUUGGCAGCGUGAGCCCCUCCCCCCUGUCUACUGCCCACAAGUUCCUGGAGCCCAUCCACGUCUAUGUGCUGGCCAACAUGAUGAGACGGCCAAUCCUAGUUGUUGCUGACAGCCUGGCCAGGUCUGUGUCUGGCCUCUGCCUGCAGGAGAACACCAUGGCUGGCAUUUACUUGCCGCUGGAGUGGAGACCUGAAGAAUGCUGCCCAACACCCAUCAUUCUGGGCUACAACCUCAGCCAUUUUUGUCCUCUAUUAACUCGCGUCCAGACUGGCGCUGAAGAGAGAGUCUUUCCUCUGGUUACCAACAAUCUGCAUUCACUACCAAUUCUGUUUCUCACUGAGGAAGAGGAACUCAAGGCUUGGCAGUUGGUUCAAAUGUACUUUCAAACAAAAGAGUUGACAAACAAUGGGAUUUCCAUACCAUGUGCCCAGCUGGGUGCUGACCCUGUUGAGAAAAUAGCAAGCAAUGUUUUGAUGGAACAUUUCAAGUCACUGGAGCAAGCAGUCAGCCAGGAAAGUUGUACUGGCUCUACUGUUGAGAGUCAGCAGCUAAUAGGUCCUCCCUCUCUGAGGAGUGCUGUUAGCUUGCAGCCAUUGAGCCCAACUGCCCCGCCAGCAUCUGGCUUGUACCUUGAGGCCGAGCCCAUGUCCAUGCUGGCCAGCAGAUGCAUCAAUAAGUGUGGCUACAGAAGCUCCAGCACAACUUUUCCUUAUUGCCAUCAGUGUUUUACAUUGGAGCAAGACAAGAGAAAACAGAGCCAGCAGUUUCUCACACCCACAGCCCCAUUUAGUAUUUCUCAACUCUCAAUACAGGAGAGUUCUGCAACAGGAAGUCAAGAAAUGAGCCCCCCUUAUGUAUCAUCUCUUGGUCACAUUAGUUUUGUAAAAGCAAGUUCCACUCUUGUAGCCCACCCAACAGAAGUCUCAGGUCAAAUAUUGCAGCCAGCCCUGACCGGAGUCAAUAACUUGACUCCAGUUCCUGGUCUCCAGUCACCUGGCCAGGUGAGAGGGCGGGGCAAGGCAUGCGUUACAGCAGGCUGCCCCCACUUUGGGGACCCAGCAGAGGCAGGCAUGUGCAGCUCCUGCUACAGGGGACAUCCUGGCCCAGCUCAAAAACAUCUCAGCAUGGACCAUCCUCUACCAAACGUCACUUCUCAGUUACCUGUCUCUUCAGGUUUACACCAAAAACAUCUCAGCAUGGACCAUCCUCUACCAAACGUCACUUCUCAGUUACCUGUCUCUUCAGGUUUAUACCACUCCGGUGUAGAAGCAACUUCAAGUGAAGUCAGUUUCAAACUCAAACACUUCAGCGCAAUAGCUGAACCAGCUGAAUCCCUGCAGGCUCCACCUCGCCUCACAUCUCAUCCAACUAGCCCAAAGCCCUUCACUGGUCAGACACCCCACAACUUGCCAGUUAGCCAGACACCCCUCAACUUGCCAGUUAGCCAGACACACCACAACUUGCCAGCUAGCCAAACACCCCUCAACUUGACAGUUAGCCAGACACCCCUCAACUUGCCAGUUAGCCAGACACACCACAACUUGCCAGUUAGCCAGACACCCCUCAACUUGCCAGUUAGCCAGACACCCCUCAACUUGCCAGUUAGCCAGACACCCCUCAACUUGCCAGUUAGCCAGACACCCCUCAACUUGCCAGUUAGCCAGACACCCCUCAACUUGCCAGUUAGCCAGACACCCCUCAACUUGCCAGUUAGCCAGACACACCACAACUUGCCAGUUAGCCAGACACCCCUCAACUUGCCAGUUAGCCAGACACCCCUCAACUUGCCAGUUAGAAACAAACAUGGUGAGAUAAACCUUUUAGGGCUCCAGCUAGUCAAGUGUAGGAUGAGCCAUUGCCAGAACUAUGGCAGUGAUGUCAAGAAAGGCUACUGCAAUGCAUGCUUCAGAGUGUACAGGGAACAGUCUCUACUGCUGCACAAUGCCAAGUUUGGUCAAGACGUGCCAGACUUUUCUCAAUAGUUUUCUCCCUCAACAUUUGUCUUUUUUUUAUUUUAUUUCAAGUUUUUAACUAGACUUAAUUUAUGCUAUACUAAUCUAAUCAUUAGAAUGUUGGUUUCAUUCUACAAGACUCCAUGGCCUCAAUGUAGCUUAUGGAUGGACUCUCAGGAGAUAAAACAAGGGGCAAGAUAGGCUAGGUCAAGUUCUCCAAUAGUUUCAUUGAUUCACAAUUUUCAACACUAGUCACAAAAUACUCAAGUGAUAACAAAGGGACGAAAGGAAGUAAAUAAUAUUUACUAAAUAUGUAAAGGUUUUAGUAGUUCCAUUCUUUUUUCUGAGACAUUUGAAAAAUUUGAGGAAAAACAGAGAUAAAGAAACUGUGCUGUGAAGUAGGAUGCAUGAUCACAAGAGACAGAAAGGUAGUUAUUUUUUGACUGGCAGUAGUGCUAACAUUAAUUGACACAAGACUAAGUUCGUAUACAAAUACAAUAUGCCUAAUAAUUCUUCAUAGCCCAAACUCUAAACUUCUUCUUCUUUGUUCUUGAUCAGAAUGUUGGGUGAAGUCAUGAACCCGAUUCUUUCCUUCCACUAUCUAAUUCAGUACCAGAUCUUUGAGAAAACUUGUACUGUGAUGCAGUAUUUAGUUUGUAAACAAGUUAGUGUUGCUCAUAUUUUAUUGGUUAGUUGCUAAUGAAAGCUUGAAUGUUGUUCUACAGGUGCCUGGUGGUACUUGCAAGUCUCCUGGAGAAGUUGGCAUCAGCCUAAAUGUUGACAGUUACUGCUGGGGUUAAAAAUAGCAUUCAAUAGCAUGGCAACCUUAGAAACACACCACCAUUUUUACUUUCUCGUAUAUACGAAGUAUAGAGAAAGUAUUGUAAUCGUGCACAAAAAUAACAUGAAAUUUUGACAGUUUUCACCGUUUUACUCCUCAGUCCUUCAUCACAUCCGGAGUAUAGAGGACUUAUUUUAAUCAGGCAAAAAUUAUAAAUACAAAUAUAUAAACGUUUUGGCGUUUUAUGCGUUAUCGAGCUGUUCCCUGUAUUGUAGACAUUUUGUCGUAUUUCAUGCUGAUCCCUGUAUUCGUAUUAACAUGAGUAAAAUCCUGUGCUUCACACCAAAAGGUUUUGGAUUUUUUUUUCAACUCUCAAGUGUGUUAUAACCUUGUCAGUUAGGACUUGUGGGAACCUUGUCAGUUAGAACUUGUGGGAACAUAGUUUAGCUAUUUUGUCUGUAUGUCUGUGUGUGUAUGUAUGUGUGUGUGUCUGUCAACAUGGUAACUUAAUACCAUUACAGCUAGGUUGAUGAAAUUUCAUACAUAAGUAUUAUAUCAAAUUUGCACUUAUGUAUAGACUUUUUAGCAAUUUCUGAUAACCGGAAGUGGGACUUAUUCAACUUUUAGUUUUUCAAAAUCCUAUAACUUUAGUACUGUUUCAUAAGAUAAACAAAAUAUGACAUAUAAGUUAAAGAUCAAAUUUUCUGCCUUCUAUCAAAUUUUGAGUAAUUUCCGUUGACUGGAAGUAGUAAUUUAAACUAUUUCCAAUUUCUCAAAAAAAACGCAUAUGAAUUUAUAAAGUAGGCCCCUACUAAUAAUGUUCUGCGCUAUUAUUAUUAUACACAUAUUGUUUGCCGUUCCCUUAGUGCGCAAUUCUUUUCUCUACGAGAUUCUAUUCUAUUUUAAAAAGUUUUAAGUAAUUAAAAAUGGAUUUAAAAUCAUGUCUAUAUCCUGAGUUGCCAUCCCCCGUAGUGUUAUAUAAGAAUAUUCAAGAAAGUUUAGGGGAGAUCAUUCCCGGUUUAUUUUCAGUGUAUUUAAAAGCUUAUUAAUAUACAUUUUAAACAUUUGAUAUAUAUGUAAUAUG